AGCGUACGAAAAAUGACAAAUGAAAGGGUUUAUUUCAGAACGAAAGUUAUGUGGUCAAUGGCCGCAUGUAUUGUUAAUUUGUUUACGUUUGGAUUGUUAUAAAAUUGGUGUAAUACUAUUGCAUUGAUAAGUGUCUAGUAUAAAAUAUAGAUAUUUUAAUUACACCUUCAAGUUCAGUGUUAAAUGAGAAAUAUGUACCAAUAAUUUAAUCAUGUGAAGUGCGAUUAUUGACAGUCGAGGAUGUAAUUCUUUUCGAGGUAGAAAUUAUCUUGUGAGUUUAUUAUUGUUUUGAACUUGUGAUAAUUAUUUCACAAGAUGACGAGCUUCCAAGUGUACGAUCUGGUUGCUGGGCUAAAAUCUCGCCAUGCCGAGAGUCGACAUAAAGCUAUCCGGGAAUUGUUGCACUUCACCAAAACAGACCUCCGGGAGAUGUCCCAGGAGUCUUUAACGCAAGUACUGGAUGACUUUAACAAGCAAAUACACACUCUAACCUGUAGCUACGACAAUAAUGAGAAGAGGGCAGGGAUUCUGAUCAUUGUUUGUCUUAUUGGUGGUGAUACAGAGACAACAAAAGCAAGAAAUGUACGAUACGCAAACUACCUUCGGAAUGUAUUUCCGUCAACUGAUUUGAAUGUCUUAGAGCUAGGGGCUAAGACUAUGGGUAGACUUGCAGUCACACUCGGUAUUAAGAGAGGUGAAUAUCUGGAAUAUGAAAUUAAAAGGGCUUAUGGCUGGCUAGCAGAGGAAAGAAAUGAAGGCAAAAGACUUUCAGCUGUGUUGAUACUGAGAGAAUUGGCUAUCGCUCUACCAUCCAUCUUCUUCCAACACAUAAAUGGCUUCUUCAACCACAUCAUGAUACCUCUACGAGAUCCCAAAGAGCAGAUUCGAGAAGCUGCAGCUAAAGCAGUAAGGGCAGCACUAGUCAUAACAUCUCAGAGGGAAAUACCAGAGCAGAGUAAUAAAGCUCACUGGUACAUACAGUGUUAUGAGCAGUCCAUGUUGUCUUUUGCUGAACAACCUGGAAGGGACAGGGGUCUCACUAGAGAUGACCAUGUGCAUGGUGCACUCUUAAUACUAAAUGAACUCUUACGAUGUGCAAACAGUGCUUGGGAAAAGAAAUACACAACACUGAUGCAAAAACUGGAUUCAGAGCAGGAUAUAUCUGAUGACAUGACAUCUCUUAACACUAAAGUGCAAAAUUAUUGGACAAAUCAACAUUUCCCAGAUGAGAAAAACCAGCCUGCUAUUAUUUAUGAAUCAAGUAUCUGUAAAAAACUGAUUGAAGAGAAGUAUGAGAAGAUUUGUGCUGAUGUAAUGGCUCAACAGAUAUCAAGGGCACAUAAUGUACAUCAAAUGCUUUUGUUAAUGAUACCAAGGCUGGCGGCUUUUAACAGGGAAGCAUUUGCAAAAAAACACCUGAAAUCCACUAUAAAUCAUUUAAUUACCUUCUUGCGAGGAAGGGAGAAGGAAAAGGCCAUGGCAUUCACCACUUUAGGCCUUAUUUGUGUUGCAGUUGAGUCUGAUGUACAACAAUAUUUAAGCAGGAUUAUUGAAAUUAUUAAAUUAACUUUACCACUUAAAGACACGCCCAAAAAACGUAAUGGCUCUGACACGCCAUUGUUUAACUGUGUUACGUUAUUGGGUUUCGCUAUGAAGGAAGAUGUUGCUAAUGAAGUCAAGGAACUCCUGGAUCCAAUGUGCGCUACAGGCUUGAGUCCACAGCUGACGACCUGCUUUAAAGAACUCAGUCAAAACCUUCCAUCUUUAAAGAAAGAAAUAACUGAUCGAUUACUCAACAUGCUAUCUUUGAUAUUGAGGAAAAAGCCAUAUGCUCCAAAUAAUGGUGAAAACCAAAUAGUUCACAUGUUUACUAAUGCAUUGUUAGUGGAACCUCAUGACGCCACCAAAUUAGUUUUGGCAUUACGCACGCUUGGUUCAUUCGACUUUGAAUGGAAUAAUACACUCAUGUCCUUCAUUCGGAGAUGUACUGACCAUUAUCUUUUAAGUGAGCAGCAGGAUAUAAGAAUAGAAGCAGUUAAAACUACUUCGAAGUUACUGAUAAAAGCGGUCGAAAGGUGUUCUCAAACAAAUUCGCGAACAUUGAACGUUAUCGUUGACGAAUCUCUCGGUAAACUGUUAUCUGUUGGUCGAUCAGAUUUUGACCAUGAAGUUCGUUACCGAGUUCUCGAGAUAUUCACUAAUCCAAUAUUCGACAGAUAUUUGGCUGUUGAGGAACAUUUGAAUUGCCUCUUUGUUGCUAUUAAUGACUCUAACAAUGAUGUAAGUGAAUUAGCAUUGUGUUUAGUCGGAAGGCUGAGCAAUUUGAACCCUAGCUACACUAUACCGACAUUGCGACAACUGUUUGUGCAAGUUUUGAUGGAGCUCCAACAUUCAGAAUCGACUCGUAAUAAAGAACAAGCCCUCAGAAUGGUAAACAAUAUCAUUUCGCAUGCACCGAGAAUAACACGUCAAUUUGUAGACACGAUACUUAAUGUAUUGGUGCCAAAGCUAAAAGCAGAGGCAGAUAAUUCCACGAUGGUAACGACUAUUUUGAAGGCUAUAGGCGAUUUAGCCGAGGUAAAUGGUGGUGGAACUGCCUUAAAUAAAUGGUUGCCACAACUGAUGUCCAUUCAGAUUGAUAUUCUGUCUGAUCCUAAUCAACCUGAGAAGAGGAGUAUUGCUCUCUGGUCAUUUGGUCAAGUGGUUAGUGCUACGGGUCAUGUGGUUACUCCUUAUAUGGAAUAUCCCCAUUUAAUGGAUUUGUUGUUGAGCUUUAUGAAAACGGAGCAGCAAACAAGAGAUCGCCGCGAAACGAUCCGCGUCUUGGGCUUACUUGGAGCUCUUGACCCAUACAAACAUAAAGUUAACCAGGGCUUAAUAGAUUUUCAGACUGUGUCCACUUUAAUACCCGCUUCUGAUUCAAAUAAUGAAAACAUUGACUUGAAUGUAAGUGAUAUGGUCGUGAAUAUGUCACCAUUAAUUCUUGAUGAGUUUUACCCGGCCAUUGUUCUCACUUCUCUGAUGAGAAUGCUGCGGGACCCAAUGUUGACACAACAUCAUACCAGCGUUGUGAAUUCAGUUACCUUGAUAUUCCAAUCUUUAGGUAUCAAGUGUGUGCCCUACAUCUCACGCGUAACACCAAGCUUAUUAUAUGUAAUACGAACCACUGACAAUAUCAUCUUUCGCGAGUUUUUGCUGACACAAUUAGCGCAACUCAUUUCUGUGGUUAAAAUUCACAUUAGGAACUAUUUAGAGGACAUUUUUGACAUUAUAAAGGAAUACUGGACACCCAACAGCCAAUUACAGCCGACCCUUAUAAUGUUGGUGGAAAACAUAACUAUUGCUAUAGGAACAGAAUUCAAAGUUUACCUUCGUAAGAUCCUGCCAAACAUCUUAAGAGUACUAAAAUAUGAUAACAGCAAGGAUAAAAUCUUGACAGAAAAGCUAUUACUUACCGUACAAAAGUUUGAGAACAAUCUAGACGAUGUUUUGUUAUCUAUUGUGCCGGCUAUAACAGCGCUCUUUGAUGGAAGAAAUGUUCCGAUGUCAAUAUCAAAGCUAGCUAUGGAAACUAUGGAACACUUGUCCAUGUACUUGUAUUUUAGGCCGUAUUCAGCAGCAAUAAUACAAGCUCUUGCAAAAGUUUUGGAUAACAACCCAUCUUUGCGGCAAACAGCUAUGAACACACUUUGCGCAUUGAUCGUGCAACUGGGUCGUGAAUAUAUUGACUACAUCCCAUCAGUGGAUAGAAUACUGAUCAAACAUAAAAUACAAUGUCCAAACUAUAUAGUUUUGGUAUCGCGGUUGCAAGCUAUCUCUACAUUGGCGUCCGAUGAUGACUAUUUAGAUGAGAAUCGACUACGACUAAGAAAUCAAAAGACUGAUGUGGUUGGUCCGGGUGAAAUACAAACCAUACAAAAGUUGUCAUUGAACGUGACCAGUUUACGAAAAUGUUGGUCAGUGAAAAAUAUUGUUUCUAAAGAAGAUUGGAUCGAAUGGCUGAGACAAUUGAGUGUGGGCUUCUUAAACGAGUCUAAUAGCCCUGCUAUAAGAGCAUGUUCAGAACUGGCUCAGAAUUACCCUCAGUUGUCGAGUGAGUUGUUUAACGCGGCGUUUAUGUCGUGUUGGACGGAGCUGGAUGACAAGUCCCGCAAGGAGCUUGUCCAGGCGCUAGAGCACGCGCUUACUGUUCCGGAUGCUCCGGAGUUGGCACUCGCCGUCCUCAACCUGGCUGAAUUCUUGGAACAUUGUGAAAAAGGAGCUCUUCCUAUAUCUAUUAAGUUACUCGGCGAUACAGCUAUUAAUUGUCGAGCUUAUGCCAAAGCAUUAUAUUAUAAGGAACAAGAGUACAAAAGAAAUCCCACUAAACAAGUCAUUGAGGCUCUGAUACAUAUAAAUAAUAAACUUCAAAGGAAAGAAGCGAGCAAUGGUUUACUUGAAAAGGUUAUCGUGCAAAAGAAGAACGGAGAAAGUUCCAUUAGCGUUCACUUUAGGUGGUAUGAAAAGUUGCAUAACUGGGAUCAAGCUCUAGACUUGUACAGUAAGAAAUUAGAGGUCGACCCACAGGAUGACGAGUCGCGCUUGGGAAUGAUGAGGUGUUUAGAGGCUUUAGGAGAAUGGAGGAAAAUAUACAACAUCACUACAGAGCAGGCUGAUAGUAUGUCCGAGGACUUCAAGAAGAAGUCAGCUAAAAUAGCAGCCGCGGCCUCGUGGGGCUUACAAGAAUGGGAUUCAAUGCGAAAAUAUGUCGAAAACAUCUCAGAUGAAACCCAAGAAGGUGCAUUCUAUAGAGCGAUCCUGGCCAUUCAUGAAGGACAAUGGUCAGAGUCGAGGCACUACAUCGAUUCUGCUAGAACUUUGUUAGACUUGGAGUUAACCGCCGUAGUCGGAGAAAGUUAUCAACGAGCAUACGGAACUCUAGUUAACGCACAGUUACUGACAGAAUUAGAAGAAGUGGUCACUUACAAACUCGUUGAAGAAAGAAGGAAUCCUAUCCGUAAAUGUUGGUGGUUGAGACUACAAGGAGGUCAGCGGUUGGUUGAAGAUUGGAGGAAAAUGUUACAGAUACGCAGCCUAGUGAUGUCGCCGCGCGAGGACUUCCAGACAUGGCUGAAGUUCGCAUCUUUAUGUAGAAAGACCGGCGCUAUUAAUCAAGCUCACAAAAUAGUCCUAUCUAUAUUAGGUUGCGAUCCUAUCACAAAUCCGGAUGUCUUAUUGCGAAUGCAAGACCCUAGAAUUGUAUUAGCGUAUAGUAAAAACUUAUGGGAUGCUGGCAACAAGCGUUACGCUUACGAUGUUCUGCUAAGAUUUGUGGAUAAUGCUGAAACGGAUAAAGAACCCGAUAAUGACGAACAUUGCCGGUUAUUAGCACGCUGUCACUUAAAACUUGGCUCAUGGUGCGAAUCUCUACAAGAAGUCAACGAGCUCUCUAUCCCGGAAAUAUUAAGGAAUUACGCAACUGCGACGUAUCUCGCGCCAGACUGGUACAAGGCGUGCCAUGCGUGGGCUUGUAUGAACUUUGAAACAGUAUUAUUCUACAAACAACAAGACAAUAUAUCUGAGAGUAGCUUGGCCGGGGGCUCUGGAGAGAAAAAAGUAUCCAGAGCUGAUUUUAUAAAUACUCACACCAUACCAGCUAUAGAAGGAUUCUUUAAGUCUAUAAGCUUGUCUAACGGCAGUGCUUUACAGGAUACGCUAAGACUUUUGACGUUGUGGUUUGACCACGGUCACCAUCCGGCGAUAUAUGAUGCUCUAUUUGAAGGUAUAAGGCAGAUCGAUGUAAAGAUUUGGUUACAAGUAAUACCGCAGCUAAUAGCUCGCAUUGAUUCACCAAGGAGUUUGGUAGCCAAGUUAGUUCACAUACUCCUUAUAGAUAUCGGCAAGUUACAUCCUCAAGCCCUGGUGUACCCUCUUACGGUGGCAACAAAAUCGUCCUUUGUCACUAGAAAGAAUGCAGCUAACUAUAUAUUGAAGACGAUGUGCGCCCAUUCACAAAAUCUAGUUAACGAAGCUGCGAUAAUAUCUGAGGAGCUGAUAAAAGUAGCGAUACUGUGGCACGACCAGGUGUUUAUAGCUCUUGACGAAGCAUCUAGAUUAUACUUUAGUGAGAAGGACUACAGGGGUAUGUUUAAGACGCUAGAUAAAAUGCAUGCGAUGCUGGACCGGCCCCCGGAGACAUUGAAAGAAGUAUCCUUCCUUCAGAUGUAUGGGAGGGAUCUACAGGAAGCUCAUCGCUGGUUAGAACUCUAUAAGGAGACUGGCGAGAACAGAUACCUGAACGAGGCGUGGGACCUGUACUACCACGUGGUACGUCGCAUCGCGUCGCAGUUCCGCUCGCUGACGUCACUGGAGCUGCAGUACGUCAGCAAGAGGCUCCACACCUGCAAGGACUACGAGCUGGCCGUGCCUGGCUCCUACGUGCCCAACGAGAAGGUCAUCCGGAUAUCGCAUAUACAUAGCCAUUUGCAAGUAAUCAAAUCAAAGCAGCGUCCUCGACGGUUAACAAUCCAAGGCUCAGACGGCAAACAAUACAUGUUCCUUCUAAAAGGCCACGAGGAUCUUCGACAAGACGAGAGGGUCAUGCAACUGUUUGGUCUGGUCAACACACUCCUGCAGGCUGACACCAACACGUACCGACAUGACUUGGCGAUACAGCGGUACGCGGUCAUACCGCUGUCGCCGAACUCUGGGCUCAUAGGCUGGGUGCCACAGUGUGAUACCCUGUACAACCUGAUCAGUGACUACAGAGACAAAAAGUCUAACAAAAUGGCGCUUAACACAGAACAGCAGAUUAUGUUGCGGAUGGCGUCUGAUUAUCAGAAGCUUAUGUUGAAGCAUAAGGUGGAAGUCUUUGAGUACACACUUUCUCAAACGCCUGGGAACGAUUUGUCUCGUCUCCUCUGGCUGAAGAGUCCGUCAGCGGAGGCUUGGUUCGAGCGACGCACCAACUACACGCGGUCGCUGGCCGUCAUGAGCAUGGUGGGCUACAUCCUGGGGCUCGGGGACCGACACCCCUCUAACAUCAUGCUCCACAGGGUCACGGGGAAAGUCCUACACAUAGACUUUGGUGACUGCUUCGAAGUAACCCAGUCAAGAGACAAGUUCCCAGAGAAAAUACCUUUCAGAUUGACAAGGAUGCUUAUCAAUGCUAUGGAGGUGACAGGCAUCGAAGGCACGUACCGUUCGACGUGCGAGUCAGUGAUGCAUGUGCUACACAAGCACCGUGACAGCGUCAUGGCUGUGCUUGAGGCCUUUGUGUACGAUCCACUGCUGAACUGGCGGCUCGUUGACAACGAACACCAUUCCUUGACGGAAUCCUCAUUCUCAUCAGACAUCGACUCCUCAUACACCCUCCCGAGCCGAAGUCGCAAUCAUUUACACUACGAAUCUCUGGAAAUGCCCCCUGAAGCUAACCUGAACAAGCGAGCGCUCUCUAUUCUCAACAGGAUAAGAGACAAGUUGACUGGAAGAGACUUCCCUCACGUUGAGGCUGUCGUCAGCGUGCCUAAACAAGUGGACCUGCUGAUUAGACAAGCGACGAACAAUGAGAACCUGUGUCAGUGCUACAUCGGUUGGUGUCCAUACUGGUAAACCAGUAAUAAACUGAGGAGUAACAAAAUAUACUUGAAAUCUAUUCUCGUGUUGUGUGAGAAAAGACGCUGUUCAUACAUUGUAUUUAUUCUGUAAUUAUAAUUUAAAAUGCUGAAAGCGUGAAGAGUGAUAACAUUUAUUAGCUAUAUAAUGUAAAUACUUGUGCUAUGUUACUUGCAAACAUAGUUUUGUUGCUCUUACAUAAGAAUCGUCAGAGUAGUAAAACUGCGUUAUCUGUAUUUGCAUUUCACAUAAUUUUAUAACCAUGUUUAUAGUGUAAAAAUAUGUCACUUAAAUAAGACUAAAUAUUAUACUAAGUUAAAUAUGAUUAUAAGUUAAUAUUAAUAUUUAUUUAAAAGUAUAAUUUAGAUAAUGAUUUUGUUAUAUUUGUUAAUGCCAAUUUCAGAGCUUUCUCAGAUGACCCUCCGAUCUGCUACCAACUAUAAAUCUCUUAUCUUAGUGAUAAUCUUAGCUCGCGAAUGAAAGUAUUAUUUUAUGUUUACCACCGAAAACAAGAUCAACAGACUAUCUAGAAUCGUUAAUAA